CUUCCGGCGCGGGCGGCCGGAGCGGAUCUGCGCCCAUGGCUCGCAGGUCCUUGAAGCUGAUAGGCGCGGCCCUUCAGUGUCAAAGGUUUCACACUGCUGGGAGUCACUCCAAGGGUCGGACCGGUGCUGAGCACCUGUGGCUGACACGCCAUUUGAAGGACCCAUUUGUGAAGGCCGCGAAGGUGGAGAGUUACCGGUGCCGAAGUGCCUUCAAGCUCCUGGAGGUGGACGAGAGGCACCGGAUCCUGCGGCCCGGCCUCCGGGUGCUAGACUGUGGGGCGGCCCCCGGGGCAUGGAGCCAGGUUGCUGUGCAGAGGGUCAAUGCUGCGGGCACAGAUCCCGGUGCUCCUGUUGGCUUUGUGCUUGGGGUAGAUCUUCUUCACAUAUUCCCCCUGGAGGGAGCAACUUUUCUGUGCCCGGCUGAUAUGACUGACCCGAGAAUCCUCCAGAGAAUCCGAGAACUGCUUCCUGGAGGGAGAGCAGAUGUGAUUCUGAGUGACAUGGCACCCAACGCCACAGGGAUCCGGAGCCUGGAUCAUGACAGGCUCAUUGGCUUGUGCUCAUCCCUUCUGGACCUGGCUCCAGAUGUCCUGCACCCUGGUGGAACAUUCCUCUGCAAAAUGUGGGCUGGAAGUCAAAGCCUGGCGUUACAGAAGCGACUGACAGAGCAGUUCCAGAACACCAGGAUGGUGAAACCCAGAGCCAGCAGGAAGGAGUCGUCAGAGGUGUACCUCUUGGCCACACAGUACCAAAGAGGAAAGGAGUUUGCGGAGGACUGAGGGUUUCUCCUGCAGUUUCCGAGCCUUGUUCACUGCAAGUGUCAUCUGGGCUCUUGCUGGGAGUGUGGCUGGGGGGCGGGGGGUGGGGGUGGUCCCAGGGUUUGAUCCGGGAUGCAGCAGGCAGGACAAGUGGGGGGCCUUUGUUUUAAGCCAAAAAGAUACAACAAAACGAUAUUCGCUGGCCGGGAUGUAUGAUCAGAAACAGUCUCUAAAAUGGGAUUCGUGAGGCGGAGAGAAAGGAUGAAAAGACAGUGGGAAGGAGCCGGCGGCGCACGUGGACCUUGGUGUAACCUCGAUGUAACUGUCAUGUCACAGAGUGUUCCCGUGUAACAGAGAAAGUCUCCACCCUUGCCGCCCUGACCGACCGACCGCAACACCCAGGCUUCUCCUUGUCAUUUUGCUUAUACGGUGUAGCAUGUGAAAACCUGAACUUUCAACCUGGGGAUUAAUCUCCAUCUCUCUGGUGGAUGAUGUGUUAAUCCCUUCUUGAAGUAGCGGGAGUUCCCCGCAAUUAGGGAAGACAUUUGGUAUGAAUUAUGCAGGGGGCUGGCAUGCUUUGUUUUAUUGCUGAAACCCCGGGGGCCCCCAAGGCUGGCAGUGGCCAGAGGGAGCAUCCACGUGUUGUGUGCAUCUACUUCUUCUGCUCUCUUCCAGGAACUCGGUGCAGCUUUACAGAACGACAUAGAUUGUACGAUUUUUAAGGGAUUUCCAUGCUUUUCAGUUUGUUUUUAUAAAAAUUGGUUUCUUCAAAGCCA